AUGGACGAAGUUUUUCCUCAGAUCCUUGGACUUUUUCCAUUUUUCCUAUUGCAGACGGCUAUGAAAACCAACCUGAAGUACCUGAGACGACGCUCUUUUGUCUACUUCAUGGAGUCCCUGCAGGCCUAUAUUUUUAGUUCGGAGCUUGUGUUGAAACGCGUCGAGGACCUUCUGAAAAUGGAUCGUGCCGCCGUCUCGAGAUGGUUCUUUUUCUUUUCUGAUAAGCAGAACUUUUCGAUUAUCUCACAUUUUUUCUCAUGUUAAAAGUAGGCUACACUCUUUUUUUUUCGGUCUUAAAUAUGAAUUCCUUCCGUACUUUUCAGCUGCUCGGACAAACUGAACAUUUACAUGUACGAUAAAGAGCCCGCAGAGUUUUACCUGCAAAGUCUGCACGACCUGAUAAAGAGUCUCUCGCCGAUUCUGCACAAUAAACAGUUUGAAAUUGACAUUUCAGUGCAAGGUGAGCUUCUAGGAAUUUUUCGGAAAUCGUCAAUCAAGGUCUUUUUCACUUUGUGUAUGGCAUGUCUCGAAAACACUCACUGAAAAACACGAAAGAGAACCCAAAAACUCGGCAUAACUCGUUUGAAUAUCAUUUUAGCGCAACAUACAUCGGCUGGAUCCCACACCAGCCUUUCGAAAAAAGAAAUUUGAAAAUGUACGGAAGUAGGCCGCAUUUUUCGGUGGGUAGGUCGCACCACGGGGUGGGAUCCAGCCGACGUAUGUAGCGCAAUAAAAAAUCCCGAUAAAUUUAAGAAAAAUUGUGGAAAGAUUUUAAGGAGCGAUCGAAACGUUGGUUUCGUACUACCGGCAGAAGGACCAAGUCGACGACGGAUCUUCGUUGCAGCCCCUGGAAAUUGUGACUCAGCAGUAUCUCCUCACGGUUUACGGGUACCUCAGACGCAAAACUCCCUCUUUCUCUGCCAACGAAACGUUCAUGAAAGCCCUUACUCAGUAGCUUUUGUUUGAAUUCGAAAAGGCUAACUAUUAUCCCAAAAAAGUUAUAAUUUGAGACGGGUUAAAGUAUAUCAAGAGCUAAAGUUUACAAAGUUCCUGGUUGUUUUUAGAAAUGAAAAAUGUACAGAAAACUUACCGGUCCUCCUUUUCAAUCCUUUUUUCCAAAGAUUAUAUUCCAACUUUUGUUGCUCAUCUUGCUCUUACCGACAAAAGCGGGUAUUUCCCAAAUUUUUUUCUCUUUCAAAAAUGCCUUAUUUUGUAUUUCUCUUCAUCUUGAUAGAUUCAUUUCCAACGAAGAGUUAUUCAUGCAUGCACGAAUCUAGUGUUUUAUAAAUUACUGCUGUCCCAUUCACGUGUAUCUUGAUCAAUGAAACGUAUUUAUUUUCAGUACUAUAAAUUUCUUCUAAAAUAAAUUCCCAAAUCUUACAAUGAAAAGAUCCCGGAGCAAUCUAAAACUAAAGAGCUUCUUUUUAGUUCACAUCUAAAAGAAAGCGUCCGCCUAAGGUUAGAAAAAAUGUUAACUAAGGUUUUUGUUUGUCAUUUAAUUCUCCAAUAUAUAGCUAGAUUGAUCCUUAGCCUUUUUUUCGAAUUGUCACGUCAUUUUCUCCCGUCUGUCACGUCGAUAUUUGGGCCAAACCGUAGUUCUUACCGAUGAUGGAUGGCCCGAAGUUUUUGAAGCGGCGAAGGAAAUUGAUCAAACGCCCGACGCUCGUGACCUCAGGUCAAAAUUUUGCCUUUCCGUCAUAAACAAGUGGAGAAUUCAUUUUUCGGAAGAAAAGUCGCAUCGAAAAAUUUUUUUCUUUCAAGAUAUUUUCACUUUUUGAAGUUCAAAAAAUUUCUGACAAAGCUGUACAAAUACCGAUCGAUAGAAGUUUAAAAAGUUAACUUUUCAUUUUUAAUUAUUUCAAUUGAGCGAAAAAUGCUUGUGCGCUUUUUUUUUGAAUGAAAGUUAACGCACAGAAAAAGUAAUGGAAAUUGGAAACAAAUUUGGAUAUCUUGAAGAGCAGCAAACUUUGAGAAUCUUCAAUACCGUUGAACUUGAAUUUGAAAAAAAGGGCGGUUGCAACUUUUUUUAAUAAAAAAAUAACUUUCCAAAUAGAUGUAUAAAAAAAGAAAACCUGAAUGUUAAAUUUAAAAAAAUUAAUUAAAUUAGACUUAAAUUAUACUAAAUUUUAAAAAAAGGAAAGUAAUUUUUACUUUUUGCGGUCUCCUACAUGGGCUGUAUAGACUUGUUUUACAUCGGGAGUAAGACGUGACUCAGAUGUUUCUUACAAUUUGGACAGGUCGGAAGCUGCAAGUUCGACGAAUCAAAAUGGGCGUGGCUUCUUAAUAAACAGGGAAUUGACCGAGAAAGUGGGCGGAGCGUCGGCGCGUAUUUCCCUGUUGGACGCAGAAGACGUCGCAGUUUGUAUCGGUUCCACUGUUUCCGAUUCGAGCGCUGUUUUCGACCCAAUCAUGAGGACGAUUCUUCUCCUUCUGCUGGUCGUCGCAGUCGCUUCUCGAGGUUUUCCUUUUUUCAGAGCUUGAAGAUGGGUUUUGGGACAGCUCGUCAUUGAUAACAACUUUCGAAAAAAAUCACUUCUUCACCAAAAUGUUGUCCCAAACCGAAAAGUAUUCUAGGUGCACCGGGCAUUGAACAACUUCCAGGUGGCGCGGCACAACAAGAAGGUCUGUUCGGUGGGGCCGCAGCUGGGGCCGGCUGGGGCGACGCCUCGGCGUCCGGCGGCGCUUCUGGCGGCGGAGGCCACAGAGGUGGCGGUAGGCAUGGAGGUGGCGCAGGAGGUUAGGCCGCUUUGGACUGUACAUUUCAUUUUCAUCGCAGAGGACUCUCUGAUUUUGUACUGAUUCCUAUUAGAAUUUAGCAAAGUAUUACAUCUCCUGAUCAGUAUCGGUCCAAGCUGCGCAAAACAUGGGAAGAAACAUUGGAAAACAAAACGUUUUUUUUUACCUCGCAUUCCAUAUAUUUGAUUGAAUUUUCAAGUGAAGAACGGAAAAGAUUUCUGAGCCAGGAGGUCAGUAAAAGGGAGGAAGAUGUAACUAAAAAAUAAAUUUGUUCUUGAUAAUUUGGCUUUUUUUGUCACGCUCUUCGCAUAGAGGCGAAAAUAUCUGUAGUUUAAUGGAAAAUUAGAAAUAUUUUAGGUGGCGGUGGUGGCGGAAGUGGCGGCGGAGGUUGGGGAGGUCAGAAUGGUGGCGGAGCAGGUUUCUACACGAAAAUUUCUUUUUUCAACCAAAUUUUCUAGAAGCCGGAGGUCAAGGAAGCUGGGGCGGUCAGAAUGGCGGCGGCAACCAAGGUUUGUUCAUCGUUUGGAAAAUUUGCACAUAAAGUCUAAACACUGCUGAUUCAAGGACCUGAACAGGGGAAAAGAAAAUUUCACGUGUUGAACUACAUAAGCUAAUAAGGAAGUCAAAAAUGUCAAAAAUGCGCAGAAAAGGCUCAAAAAUUCCACCAAAGUUUCAGAUCGAUUUACGAUGAAAAGUUUUCUUUUUUCCUUUCUAUUAAUUUCACUUUGAUUUAGGUGGACAAGGAAGCUGGGGCGGUCAGAACGGCGGUGGCAGUCAAGGUAAGUUUACUCUCAAAUCCGACUACAUCUUACUUUUCCAUCAAUUCCGAUGUGAUUCAGGUGGACAAGGUGGCUGGGGCGGCCAAGGUGGUCAAGGCGGUCAAGACAACUGGGGUGGACAAGGCGGCGGUUCGUUUUACGAAUUUCGAGUCAGUCAAUUGAACAUAAAGUUCAGGAGGUCGCGGAGGACAAGGUCAAGGCGGCUGGGGAGAUCAGGGAGGCCAGUCUGGUGAGUCUGAUGAAAAAAAAGAAGAUUAUUCGAAUAACUCUUGUUGAGGCGGCGGAAGAGGAGGAGGACAAGGAGGAGAUUGGGACCAGGGCGGCCAGUCUGGCGGCGGCUGGGGUAACCAAGGCGGAGGACAGUCUGGUUUGGUUUUUGUCUUUUUUUUUUUAAUGAGUGGCAGUUGGUAUCCUGAGAAGAAACCAAGUGAGUGAAACUUUUUUGAGGAAAAGUCAGAUUUGAACUCACUUCAAGAACUAAAUUAACGAAAAGAUUGCAAAAUGCGAGGAAUUACAAUUCCAUUUCUAUACAGAUUCAACAUUUUUGCUGAAAGGUCUGUAAAAAAGUAAUGACCUUGAGAACUUUGAAAAAUACUUUCUCGAUUCAACUUCUUCAGAGUAUUUUCAAUGAUGAGCUUUAUAUUUUUUUCCAAAAAAAUCUCUUCUCAAAAAGUUUUUUUGAUGAAAUUUAUCAAAUUUUUUUAUAAUAUCCGGAAGAAAGUUCAUUCUACCAAAAAAACGGGCACAAUCAAACAAAAAAAUUAUUUUAAAAAAACCUUUGUUCCAACUUUUUUUCACAAAACAUUUAGGUUAGCAUACCCAAUCGUUUAUGCGUGCUGAGGCAGAUAGUCAGGUUUACCGAAAAAAAAAAAUUAACUUUUAAUGCUUUAUUCUUUUCUCUUUUUGCAUUGAUUUUCAGGCUAGUUUCUAUUAUGUAUUCUUAAGGUGGUCGUGGAGGACAAGGUGGAGAUUGGAAUAACCAGGGAGGUCAAGGCAACUGGGGAGGAAACGGCGGUGGCGGACGUAAGAUCUCAUUUUAAUCCAAAGAAUGAACUCGGCUUUCAGGCGGCGGAUGGGGCGGCUGGGGCGGACAUCGCUGGAGAGGCGGAUUCUGGAACCCUGGAAACCGAUGGGGAGGCUGGGGCGGAUGGAGAGGCCGUAAGUCUCUCGCAUUUUAAAAAUCUGGAUUCUCAAUAACUUGAAAACUUUCAGCAUGGUAG